UAUUACCAGAUGAACCAGUUUCCUGACGUGCUAGCAGAGGGCCGUUUUCAUCAAACACAGUUAAUUGCUUCAGCAUUAUUUUGGACAGCCUUUCAAAUCUAGGUCAGUAGCCCCUAUGAAAGGACAAGAAAUAAUAAUGGAAUAACCAUGCAACUUGCUGACUGGAUCUGAUCCAACAACCCCAACCUUUGACCUCUGUGGCAAACAGAGCUGCAGGGAAACUUUGUAUCCAUGAGGAAAAGCUUGUAGUCGCAGCUGAAACUUCAACAAGAAUGUGCACACAGAGCCAAGGCUUCAUUAUAACCGAACCAUAUCAGCAGGUGUCGGCUUCUCGCUUUGGUUUUAAUUUUUUCUUCUAGUUUUUUCACCCUAUGGACACAACUGAAAUUUAGAAUCAAGUUUCCAAGAUACGAUCCAGGACUCUGAAUAUUUACAAAUGUCUUAAAAUGCAGGAACCAGUUAAUUUUAUUUUUCCAAUCAUGGAUGACGAAUCAUUUGAGCCUACAGUGGACACAAUAGAGGAAACUAGUUCACAAGGAUAUGAACUUAUUGAUUCCGCUAUUGAUUUAGAGAUUACAUGUGUGGAAUCAGAUGUAAAAGCUGUUGAGAUCUCUAUGGACAAUUCAAAGUCUAGAGCAGACAUUAUACAUAAAAGAACACACAAUGUUCAGCAUCUUGUUGUAAUGGUUCCUUCUAAAGAACCAGAUGGAAACUAUAGCACACCCUUCCAGUUUGACAGACUGGCACCAGCAAGGAUUUCAACUAGUCCCACAUUAAGGAGAUUACGCAAAAACACUCAUGGACAUUUUAUGCCACUGCAGGAUUUCUUUGACUCGGCCAAGUUUGCAACUCACAAAGAACAAUCCAACUUGGAAAGUUCUGAGGGAUACCUUUGUGAAACUCCCCCUUGGAGUCCCAAAUACACAGAACAUUUCUCACCACAUUCUUGUGAAAUCCCAAUAGAGUCUUCCAACGUUGUUAAUGAAUUUAGUGAACCUCAAAACCAAGAAGAAAAGGUCAACAAUGACAAAAACAUAGAUAACCUAGCUCCGCACAGUAACCCUGAAGGGGAGGAAAACAUUCCACUGAGCUUUGAGGAGGAUAAUACUAUCAAUUCUACAAGAGAAAAUCCUCCAGAUGCUAACAGUGUGCAGAGCUGUACACAGGAUAUUUGAGAGAAGGCGCAGCUCUGUGGUUUUGAGUCUGCCUGGACUGGAAGUGUUUCCAGGUGAUCUUUUGGUGUCAGAGGAUUAUAUGUACCAAUCAACAUGGCUUCCAAAUACUGAUGCCAAGAAACCAAAGUGGCCUUUUUCCAAAAAGGGAUCUCAGCCCAGAUACAAACAAAAGCAAAUUUCUGAUUUGGAGAACUGCCUGUCAACUAUGAGGAUCCCUGAAUUCACAGAAUAUGAGUUUUACAACAUUAAGGAUAAAAGCUGGAAUGAAGUUAUAAGCAUGCAGUCCCUGGAGAAUAAAAAGGUUCAUGCCAAUCCAAACAGAAGGCGACAGGAGUCUGUCUGGGAACUUUUUACUUCUGAGUGCACAUAUUUUCUGGAUCAUCUACUUGUUCUCAAAAUGGUAUUCUUGAAUACACUUAAGUACUUGCAGAGUAAUGAUCACCUGUUGGAUGUGGAUGCGGCGAGGCUAUUUGCUAACCUGGAUGAACUUAGCCAGGAGAGCCUGAACUUCGCCACUAGCCUGUUCAUCACUAUUGAAAGCAGAGAGAUGGGAUCAAACAAGACAAUUGGUCUGUCACUGGCAGAUCUGCUAACCAAGUAUUUCAAGGAAAGCCUGUGCCUUACUCACCAGAUUUACUGCCUCAACUACACAUCAGCUGUUAUUUACCUGGAGAACAUUAAGCAAAGAGAGGAUUUUGCAGUAUAUCUAAAAUGGUGUGAACAACAUGAACAUUGCAAACGACUUCAUCUCUCCGAUCUUCUGGUAGCGCCACUGCACAGAUUGACUCGGUAUCCACUACUCCUCAAAAACAUAUGGAAGAGAAGCAUGGAUUCCAAUGAGAAAAUCUCCAUCUAUUCUAUGAAGGAGAAAGUGGAAAGCUCAAUACGAGACCUUGAAGGGAAUGUGAAAUGGCUGGACAAGUCACAAAAAUUCAAACAACUCCAGGAAGUUAUAGUGUGGCCACUCUUAUGGGAGAGAGAUAAACGUUUUUUUGUUCCCGAGGGCUUCAAACACCUUUUCAAAGAAACACAUGUGGAAAACAUGUUGUCACAUCCAGGCAGGCAUCUUAUCCACGAAGGAAAGCUCAUUCUUACAGAAAGCAUCAGACUAGUGGAUGCAUAUCUGUUUCUAUUUGAUGAUUUCUUGCUGAUAACAAAAAUUAAACGGAACAAAAGGAAAUCUUCGAACUUGGAAAUGAACCUUGCAUACUCAUCCUUACACCCCGAGUUGCAGUCAGUGAUAAAAGAUGGUGGGUAUUGCAAGGUUCUCGACCAACCAAUCCCACUAGAUAGAUUGGGUCUGAGGAGCAUUGAUCAGUUCCACGUCACAGUUUCUGGGAUGCGGCAUGCUUUCCUGAUUCAGCAUGAGAACAGAUACCAACAAUGUGUAGCUGCAUUUAUUCUACAAGCUCACACAGAAUCUUCUAAGAAAACAUGGAUUUCACAGAUAGAAACUGCCAUUUCAUCAUACGCAGAAACAUAUGAAUCUAAAAGAAUAUCUGUCUGUUGCCAACCAGCAGAAUCCACAGAAAUAUAAUGGUUUUAUAGAUAUUACAGUGAAUUGUGAUGGUACAUGCUAUAUUAAUUUAAUGUAAAGUUUUCUGCUGAGUUUUAAUUUUUUUAUGAAUGUAUUUUCAUAUGAACAGUGUGUAUAUAUAAAAAAGAAACAAACUUUCUCUGCAUUUUAGAGCGUUCUAGGUCAGUGGCUUAUUUUCUUCGAAAAUUUUGAUACAUUUUGUAAGAAAAGUGUUUUACUGCAGUUGCAAAAUGUUGUAAA